CGCUGAGCCGGGCCGCGGGGAGCAGGCCGGCCGAUGGGGCGCGCACCCGGGCUGCGGGGGCGGUGCGGGGUUCAGUCCCUGCGGCCCCAGCGCCUGGGCUAGCAGCUGGGAGCUGUGGGUGCGCCGAGCCGACCCACCCCAAGGGUACACCCUGGCUGUACCGCCCCCAACUCUAGUUUUCUCCAACCGCCAUCACUUGGAAACAAACCCACAACUUUUAUUUGGGGUUUGGGACCGGAUCACGCCUUAAAUCUACGCAGAAGAAAGGCGGAGAAGCAGCGGAAGCCGGGCACUAGUCCUGCAGGGUGGAAGGCGCUUUAUCGGGUCUUCUGGCCCGCUGCGGGCGAUAGAGCUGGUAACCUGAGUAGAGUAAAUAGAGACACGUGGGUGCUGGCUAGAGAAAGCGCGGAGCAGGGCCGCGCUGGAGGGCUGUUUGAAGCCUAGUCCAGAGCUGGUCUAGGGGGCGGAUGGACCCUGAUACCCGACACUUCACUGGUCACCCUUGUUCCACAACUGGGAAACCCUCUGGAGGAAAUCCGGUAGAAAAGUCCUGACACCCGAAUGAUUUAACCAACGCCUUUUCCCUCCAAAGAAACUUGGAGGAUAUACCUUUUUUUCCUUAAAUGGCAUCUUUCUACCCCCAAAAAGAAAGUGUGUGGUUUUGAGGGCGGGGACAUUUUGGGUUUUAAACAGCGCGUUUAAGAACACCUCAGAUCUGCCUUCUCUAUCCCAAUGGCAGAGGUGGCCAGACAAGCACAAACCUCUCAGGAGCCCUACCACGACAAGGCCAGAGAACACCCCGAUGACGGAAAGCAUCCAGAUGGAGGCCUCUACAACAAGGGACCCUCCUACUCGAGUUAUUCCGGGUACAUAAUGAUGCCAAAUAUGAAUAACGACCCAUACAUGUCAAAUGGAUCUCUUUCUCCACCCAUCCCGAGAACAUCAAAUAAAGUGCCCGUGGUGCAGCCAUCCCAUGCGGUCCAUCCUCUCACCCCCCUCAUCACUUACAGUGACGAGCACUUUUCUCCAGGAUCACACCCGUCACACAUCCCAUCAGAUGUCAACUCCAAACAAGGCAUGUCCAGACAUCCUCCAGCUCCUGAUAUCCCUACUUUUUAUCCCUUGUCUCCGGGUGGUGUUGGACAGAUCACCCCACCUCUUGGCUGGCAAGGUCAGCCUGUAUAUCCCAUCACGGGUGGAUUCAGGCAACCCUACCCAUCCUCACUGUCAGUCGACACUUCCAUGUCCAGGUUUUCCCAUCAUAUGAUUCCCGGUCCUCCUGGUCCCCACACAACUGGCAUCCCUCAUCCAGCUAUUGUAACACCUCAGGUCAAACAGGAACAUCCCCACACUGACAGUGACCUAAUGCACGUGAAGCCUCAGCAUGAACAGAGAAAGGAGCAGGAGCCAAAAAGACCUCACAUUAAGAAGCCUCUGAAUGCUUUUAUGUUAUACAUGAAAGAAAUGAGAGCAAAUGUCGUUGCUGAGUGUACUCUAAAAGAAAGUGCAGCUAUCAACCAGAUUCUUGGCAGAAGGUGGCAUGCCCUCUCCCGUGAAGAGCAGGCUAAAUAUUAUGAAUUAGCACGGAAAGAAAGACAGCUACAUAUGCAGCUUUAUCCAGGCUGGUCUGCAAGAGACAAUUAUGGUAAGAAAAAGAAGAGGAAGAGAGAGAAACUACAGGAAUCUACAUCAGGUACAGGUCCAAGAAUGACAGCUGCCUACAUCUGAAACAUGGUGGAAAACGAAGCUCAUUCCCAACAUGCAAAGCCAAGGCAGCGACCCCAGGACCUCUUCUGGAGAUGGAAGCUUGUUGAAAACCCAGACUGUCUCCACGGCCUGCCCAGUCGACCCCAAAGGAACACUGACAUCAAUUUUACCCUGAGGUCACUGCUAGAGACGCUGAUCCAUAAAGACAAUCACUGCCAACCCCUCUUUCGUCUACUGCAAGAGCCAAGUUCCAAAAUAAAGCAUAAAAAGGUUUUUUAAAAGGAAAUGUAAAAGCACAUGAGAAUGCUAGCAGGCUGUGGGGCAGCUGAGCAGCUUUUCUCCCCUCAUAUCUGCGUGCACUUCCCAGAGCAUCUUGCAUCCAAACCUGUAACCUUUCGGCAAGGACAGUAACUUGGCUGCAUUUGCCUGUCAUGCGCAACUGGAGCCAGCAACCAGCACAUCCAUCAGCACCCCAGUGGAGGAGUUCAUGGAAGAGUUCCCUCUUUGUUUCUGUCUUCAUUUUUCUUUCUUUUCUUUUCUCCUAAAGCUUUUAUUUAACAGUGCAAAAGGAUCGGUUUUUUUUUGCUUUUUUAAACUUGAAUUUUUUAAAUUUACACUUUUUAGUUUUAAUUUUCUUGUAUAUUUUGCUAGCUAUGAGCUUUUAAAUAAAAUUCAAAGUUCUGGAAAAGUUUGAAAUAAUGACAUAAAAAGAAGCCUUCUUUUUCUGAGACAGCUUGUCUGGUAAGUGGCUUCUCUGUGAAUUGCCUGUAACACAUAGUGGCUUCUCCGCCCUUGUAAGGUGUUCAAUAGAGCUAAAUAAAUGUAAUAGCCAAACCCACUCUGUUGGUAGCAAUUGGCAGCCCUAUUUCAGUUUAUUUUUUCUUCUGUUUUCUUCUUUUCUUUUUUUAAACAGUAAACCUUAACAGAUGCGUUCAGCAGACUGGUUUGCAGUGAAUUUUCAUUUCUUUCCUUAUCACCCCCUUGUUGUAAAAAGCCCAGCACUUGAAUUGUUAUUACUUUAAAUGUUCUGUAUUUGUAUCUGUUUUUAUUAGCCAAUUAGUGGGAUUUUAUGCCAGUUGUUAAAAUGAGCAUUGAUGUACCCAUUUUUUAAAAAAGCAAGGCACAGCCUUUGCCCAAAACUGUCAUCCUAACGUUUGUCAUUCCAGUUUGAGUUAAUGUGCUGAGCAUUUUUUUAAAAGAAGCUUUGUAAUAAAACAUUUUUAAAAAUUGUCA